UGCUUCGGGAAGUGUCAAUAUCAAUCGGUGAUUCGGGAAGUUUCAAUUUAAAACAGAAUUUUAUGCUCUCUAAAUUGAAAGAUAUCAUUUUUUUAAAUCUGUAAAAACGUGAAAUACUUAAGUUGUGAUUAAUAAUUCUUUACUUAUUUAUAAUGCGCGAAAACGCUGAUAUUAAAAUCAUCGGAGCAAAUGUAAUUUUGAUUCCGUAUGAAACAAAACAUGUUCAGAAGUAUCAUAAAUGGAUGUGCGAUCCAGAACUAUUAAAGUUAACUGCAUCCGAGCCAUUGACAUUAGAUCAGGAAUACGAUAUGCAAGAAACAUGGAGACAUGACGAAGAUAAAUGUACAUUUUUGGUGUUAGAAAAAGAAAUCUAUGAGCGAACAACGGAUGAAAUAGGUGCCUUAAUCGGCGAUACGAAUUUAUUCUUGAAUCAAGAUUAUUUUUUAUCUGACUUCGAUAAUGAAUGUGCUCAGCAAGAUUUAAACAACGAAACAAUCAUCGCAGAGGCAGAAAUAAUGAUUGCUGAGCCGGAAGCACGUGGAAAAGGCCUCGGAAAUGAAGCUAUACUUCUCAUGCUAAAAUAUGGACAAUCUGAACUUGGCGUUCAAGAAUUCGUUUCAAAAAUCGGAUAUGAAAAUAUUGCCAGUCAAAAUCUAUUCACGAAACUUAAGUUUGAAGAACAAUCUCGCUCUGACGUUUUUCAGGAAGUCGCAUUCAAACGAACUGUAGAUGAAAACUGGAUUGAAUGGCUUAAUCAAGAAAUCAAGACCUACAAAAUUGAAAAUUAUUCAAGAUAAACUGUGACCAUUUUGUUUUUUUACGUAUUUUUGCAUUUUAUAUUGUACACAAUUUUAAUAAAUGAUAAAUUCGGUUUUUUGAAGCAAACAUUGUAAGAUGUCAUCUUUUCAGAGUGGAAAGAAAAACUAAACAUAAACAGAAAUAAACGUCAGAAAAGAAUUAGGAUAA